AUGGAACAGGAGAUCUCUUUAGUCCAGAGUAAGAUGUCUGAUCUGGAGUCAGUGCUGCAGCAGAAGGAUGUGGAGCUGAAAGCCUCAGAGACACAGAGGACCAUCCUGGAGCAAGACCUGGCUACCUACAUAACCGAGUGCACAAGUCUAAAGCUCAGUCUGGAGCAGGCCCGUAUGGAGGUUUCCCAGGAAGACGACAAGGCGCUGCAGCUCCUCCACGGCAUCCGGGAGCAGAGCAACAAGCUGCAGGAGAUCAAAGAACAGGAGUACCAUGCCCAGCUGGAGGAGAUGCGCGUGGCCAUCAGGCAGCUGGAGGAGGACCUGUCUGCAGCCCGUCGCCGUAGCGACCUGUACGAGUCGGAGCUGAAGGAGUCCCGUCAAACCAGCGAAGAGCUGAAGAGGAAAGCAGCAGACUAUCAACAGAGGAUGCAGAAGGCUAAGGAGCAAGGCAAAACUGACACGGAGGAGCUUCUGUCAAAGCUGGAGAAGGCCAAUACUGAACAGCAAGUGAAAAUUCAGGACCUCCAAGAUAAGCUUGCCAAGGCAGUGAAGGGAAGUAGUGAGACCACAGAUCUCCUCCAUAGUAUUCGGGUGGCUAAGGAGCGCAUGGAGCGUGAGCUGGAGAGGCUGCAGACCAAGGAGGACUCCAGUGACAGCCUCCGCAGACGCCUGAGGGAGACAGAGGAUGGCAGGAAGACCCUGGAGAACCAGGUAAAGAGGCUGGAGAUAGUGGAGCGCAGGGAGUGUAAGCUGAAGGAGGACAUGCAGAGCAAGGCCCAGCAGAUCCAGCAGAUGGCUGAUAAAAUCAUGCACCUGGAGGAGAGUCUUCGUGAGAGCCAGUCCACAGGCCAACGAGUGGAGACACACAUGGAGCAGAAGGAGAAGCUCUAUGACGAGAAAAUCAAGGUUCUGGAGAACCAGAUGAAGGCAGACAUGGCAGAUAAGGAGAUGCUGGAAUCCAGUCAGAGCAAGUAUGAGGAGGAGGUCCAGGAGAAGUGCUGCAUCAUCAGCGAGCAGAAGGCGACCAUCAAUGCCAUGGACUCUAAGAUGGCCAGCCUGGAGCAGAGGAUUGCCGAGCUGUCUGAGGCCAACAAACUGGCAGCCAACAGCAGCAUCUACACCCAGAAGAACAUGAAAGCCCAGGAGGAGAUGAUCUCGGAGCUGAGGCAGCAGAAGUUCUACCUGGAGUCCCAGGCUGGGAAACUGGAGGCCCAGAAUGCCAAGCUGGAGGAGCAUCUGGAGAAGAUAAGCCAGCAGGAGCAGAGCAACAAGAGCCGAGUGCUGGAGCUGGAGACGAGGCUGAGAGAGAUGGGCUUGGAGCACGAGGAGCAGAAGCUGGAGAUCAAACGUCAGGUGACAGAGCUGACUCUGUCGCUGCAAGAGAGGGUGUCUCAGAUCAGUGGGCUGCAGGCGGCACGCCACUCCCUGGAGAGUCAGCUGCAGCAGGCCAAGUCAGAGCUGGAGGACACCACCGCUGAGGCUGAGGAGGAGAUCUGUGUUCUCAGAGCCCACCGAGAUGAGAUCCAGCGCAAGUAUGAUGCCCUCAGAGACAGCUGUGCGGUGAUCACAGACCUGGAGGAGCAGCUGACCCAGUUGACCCAGGAGAACGCUGAGCUGAACAGACAGAAUUUCUACCUGUCCAAGCAGCUGGACGAGGCCACAGAUGAGACAGAGGAGCGCCUGCAGCUGGGCCAGGACGUGGACCGCCUCCGCCGCGAGGUGGCUGACCGUGAGAUGCACCUCAACAACCAGAAACAGAACAUUGAGACGCUGAAGACCACGUGCACCAUGCUGGAGGAGCAGGUCCUGGAGCUGGAGACCCUGAAUGAUGAGCUGCUGGAGAAGGAGAGGCAGUGGGAAGCCUGGAGGGGAGCCCUAGAGGAUGAGAAGAACCAGGCCGAGAGGAGGACAAGGGAGAUCCAGAGACUGCUGGACAACGAGAAGCAGAACAGGCUGCGUGCGGACCAGCGCAACUCGGAGGCUCGUCAGUCUAUUGAACAGGCAGUGAAGGAGCACAAGGCUGAGAUUCUGGCCCUGCAGGAGGCCCUCAAGGACCAGAGACUCAAAGCAGAGAGCCUCUCUGACACACUGAAUGAACUGGAGAAGAAGCAUGCCAUGCUGGAGAUGAAUGCCAGGAGUCUGCAGCAGAAACUGGAGAGUGAGAGGGAGCUGAAACAGAGGCUGCUGGAUGACCAAGGUAACCUGCAGCAGCAGAUGGAUGUUCAGAAGAGCCACAUCUUCCGGCUGACCCAGGGGCUGCAGGAGGCUCUGGACCAGACUGACCUGCUGAAGACUGAGAGGACUGACCUGGAGUACCAGCUGGAGAAUAUUCAGGCUGUGUUCUCCCAUGAGAAAGUGAAGUUGGAGGGGACCAUCACCCAGCAAUCCAAACUCAUAGACUUCCUCCAGGCCAGGGUGGACCAGGGGGGCUCCAAGAAGAAAAAGGGUCUAUUUGGCCGGCGCAGAGAGGACCUGCUGGCUGCCAUGCCGGUGCCCCUCCAGUACAGCGACAUGAAGAUGGCCCUGGACAAGGAGCGAUCCCGCUGCUCUGAGCUGGAGGAUGCACUGCAGAAUAUGAGACUGGAGCUGCGCUCCCUACGAGAGGAAGCAGUCCAGUACAAGCCUGUGGACCAUGGUGGUACCCCUGCUACCCCUGGCACAACGCGCCAGCAGAUGAUGAUGUCUGCCAUGGUGAAGUCUCCUGAGCACCAGCAGGGCCCGAGCAGCCUGCUGGCUACCGCUAACUCUGGCCGCAGGAAGGAGGUUGCCACCCCCGAGGAGUAUGGCCAUCGCAUGAAGGACAGUCAGAGGGACAGGGAGAGGGGGAGGCAGAGGGAGAGCAUUCACCACAACACCCCUCACCGCUUCACCGUGGGACUCAACAUGAGGGCUGCCAAGUGUACUGUGUGCCUGGAUACCGUGCACUUUGGUCGCCAGGCAGCCACCUGUGUCGAAUGUCAUGCUUUGUGCCAUCCAAAAUGCUCCCCCUGCCUUCCUGCCACGUGCGGCCUGCCUGGGGACUGUGCCCUGCACAUGGCUGAGGCGCUGUGCCGGGACAAAGGCAGCUCCCCUGGCCUGCAGCUCAAAGAGGCCAGCGGACAUGUUCGCCUGGAGGGGUGGAUGAAGGAGCCCAGGAAUGGGAAGCGUGGCCAGGGCUGGGAGAGGAAGUAUGUGGUGCUGGAUGGGACCAAGGUGACCAUCUAUGAAACAGAGCCCAGAGAAGACUCAGUGAAGCCACUGGAUGAGUUUGAGCUGUGUCUGUCUGAUGGAGAGGUGAUGGUGCACGGAGCUGUCGGGGCGUCUGAGCUGCCCAACACCGCAAAGUCAGAUGUGCCGUAUGUGCUGAAGCUGGAGUCCCACCCCCACACGUCGUGCUGGCCCGGACAGACUCUGUACUUCAUGGCUCCCAGUUUCCCAGACAAGCAGCGUUGGGUGGCCGUGCUGGAGUCUGUGGUGGCAGGGGGGCGAGCAUCUCGGGAGAAGGCUGAGGCAGAUGCAAAACUGCUUGGGAACUCUCUGCUGAAGCUGGAGGGAGAUGACAGGCUUGACAUCAACUGUACUCUCCCCCUCACAGACCAGAUAGUGUUAGUGGGCUCUGAGGAGGGUCUGUACGCCCUGAAUGUAAUCAAGAACUCCCUGACCCACAUCCCUGGCCUGGGCUCCGUCUUCCAGAUCCACAUCAUGAAGGAGCAUGAGAAACUGCUGAUGAUUGUUGGGGAUGAGAGGGCGCUGUGUCUGGUGGAGAUUAAAAAGGUGAAGCAGUCUCUGGCCCAGUCCCACCUGCCUGCCCAGUCUGAACUGGAACCAUUUAUCUUUGAGACGGUCAAGGGCUGCCACCUCUUCUCUGCAGGCAGAAUAGAUAAUGGGCCUUGUAUCUGUGCAGCAAUGCCUAACAAGAUUACAAUUCUGCGUUACAAUGACAAUCUCAACAAGUUCUGCAUUCGCAAGGAGAUAGAGACUCUGGAGCCCUGCAGCUGCAUCCACCUGACCAGCUACAGCAUCAUCAUCGGCACCAACAAAUUCUAUGAGAUUGAGAUGAAGCAGUAUGUCCUGGAGGAGUUCCUGGAUAAGAAGGACAUGUCGCUGGCCUCUGCGGUGUUUGCUUCCUCCUCCCAUAGCUUCCCCAUCUCCAUAAUGCAGGUCACCAGCACUCUGCAGAAGGAGGAGUACCUGCUCUGCUUCCAUGAGUUUGGAGUGUUUGUGGACGCAUACGGACGAAGGAGCCGCACUGAAGAAAUCAAAUGGAGUCGUCUGCCCCUGGCCUUUGCUUACAGAGAACCCUACCUGUUUGUGACAUACUUUAACUCCUUGGAUGUGAUCGAGGUUCAGGGACAUGCUGCACUUGGCCCUCCAGUUCUAGCCCAUCUGGACAUCCCUAACCCCCGUUACCUGGGUCCAGCAAUCUCCUCCGGGGCCAUCUACCUGGCCUCGUCCUACCAGAACAAGCUGCGGGUCAUCUGCUGCAAGGGCAACCUGGUCAGGGAGUCUGGGGAGCUGCAGAGGACCGGCUCCAGCCGCGGCAGCCCCAGUAAGAGAGGUCCACCCACAUACACAGAGCACAUCUCCAAGCGUCUGGCCUCAGGCCCUGGCAGCCAUGAGGGGCUUCACCGUGAGCCCAGCACACCACACCGCUACCGGGAGGGUCGAACCGAGUUCCGGCGGGACAAGUCCCCGGCACGCCCCCUGGACAGAGAGAAGUCCCCAGGCCCCAGACUAGACAGCCGCAGAGAGAGAUCCCCUGGGAGAUUUGACGACCACCAACGUCUCCACACCGGCUCUGACCGCCGCACACAGCUCACCCCUGUCAAUAAGGUAUGGGACCAGUCUUCUGUGUGAGUGACAUAAGGAGAGGCUAGGAGAGGAGCUGUGUGAGCCUCUGUUCACUCUGCACAUGGCUAUGCCAUCGAGGGGAGACCAACCAGAAAACCAAGUCAUCCCCCAUCGCCUGUAUAUCGUGCAAUCGUGAUCCAUUUACCAACACAUACACUGUUGCACUGGGGACAUUUCUUUGACAAUCCUCUCCUUUCUGAUAUGUGUAUUCAUGGCUAUGGUUGUUUAACAGAGCAGCGUUUGCAGGGAAACCCUAUGGAUCUAUGAUACACUGUUUAUAAGUACUAAAAUCAAGUUGUACAUAUUGUUGUUCCAGUUUUUAUAGAUAAAAGGGAAUAAUAGGCUGGUAAAGCCAAGUCUAUAUUUUUUAAGGAAGUGUUUCUAAUGAUGUUGCAGGGAGAGAAAUUAUGUUGCAGGGAGACUCGAAAUCCAAUCUCAAAAUCAUCAUCCCAGAUGCAGUACUGUAGUUUUUGCUUUUCUAUGGCCGGUCAAUCAUGCGAACGUUCAAUAACCCAUGUACUGUUUAAAUAAAAUGUGUUCCAAGAGAGCAAUGCACAUGAGCUUUUCACUUGAGAUUUACUUUGAACAGGAUUCUAAAUUCAUUGUUUCUACAUGACCAGUCUUCUUUUUGGAUCAGCUUUGUAUGGUCCUCUUGACUAGACGGACUUUGAUAUCUAAUUGCAUAUAAUUGCUUAAUAACAACUCAUGUUACCAUACUUUCUAACAGACAAAUGUUUUGCUACAAGUGUUCCUUGUGUUGUUUAACUAUACCUAAGAUGAAUAAUAAGCCUAUAAGCUUUGUCUGCUUUGAAACAGCAGGCAGUGGAGCCGGCUAACCAUGCCCUCAGCUUGUUCUGGAGUCUGCAGCUGCUUAUGGUACAGAUGUCCUGUUCUUACUUCUGUGCAGUGAACUAUCUAUGAAGUCCAGUAAUUGUCAGGGUUUAAAAUCGCUUCUUUUUCAAACAAAUCAAAAAAAGCUUCAUUUGUCACAUCAGAGCAUGAGUAUUUCAGAGCAGAAGUAGUAGUUUUACCUUGAUUUUGGGGUUUUUGUUUUCUGUCGUGUACUGACACGAAUUUGCAUUCAAUGAGUAUACAUCGAUACAAGACAAUAACUAAAGGUUUUGAUUUUUGAAAAUGUACCCGCAUUAAACAUGAUUGAG